UGAAGUUCAAGGGAUUCCAGUCUGGAAGUGGCCCCAGCUGCUGGGUUCUGAGCUAGCCUGAACACAAAGCUGCUGGCAGAGCUUCCCCACAGCACAGCUGCCCCUGAAACUGGAGCAUCCAGAGAAGGGGAUUGCUGCUAAGUGAUGGUGGCAUUGCCCUGGCACAACACUGCAGUCCUCAUCUUUGUUCUCUGAUAAGUGUUUAUGCAUUUUACACCAACAGUCAUUGGAUAAAAUUAUACGGAGCACACAGAAGGAAGGGACUAGGAGCUCAUGACUUCCUGAUUGCAUCUCCAACAACUCAUCUUUGCAAUUUGCAUUAAAAAAUGUAUUUUUUCCCUCUUUAAGUUUACCUAGCUUGUGUCCCAGAUGCUUAAAUUACUUUUUAUAUGGCAUGCUGCAGUACAGAAAGGGUGCUCAGUUAAUAUGAAUAAGAAAUAAAAAAUCUGGAAAGGAGUAGAAUAAAAUUAGUGUAGUAAGAACCAAAAUACUUGUGUCACUCAUGCAGAAAGGUUUUAGAUAUUUAUUAACCAUUAUUGUGUUAUCUUAUAACUUCUUGGGCUGUGGUAAACCACAUGGCCUUAGUUUGAGUAUUUUUCAGGGUGACAGAUCUGCCAGACAUUAAGUCAUGCUUCUGUAAUGCUUUUGCUUUUUUCUGCCCUUGACAGUACCAGUCAGGUUCCUAGUACUUCAUUCAUGACCUAUUAUUGCUGUAAUGGUCUGUUGUAGCUUUUCAAAUAAGAAACACCAGCAGUGAAUUAGUACAAUUUUCACGUUCUUCAUCAGUUAUUCUCAUAAACAGAAAGGGGUACAUUUAAUUACACCUUAUAAAGAUAUCUGUAAGAACAAAAUGCCAUCGAAAAGCAUUUUUCUUUUAUUAUGCUAUGUGGAAGGGAGAUGAUAGAAUCCUUCCAAAGAUACUUUGGUUAGAAAAAUACAAACUAAAAUUCUGAAACAGUGCUGUGCCCUGAAAUACACCUUUUAAAGCCUGAAGCAAGUUUCAGUAUUACUUGAAAGGGUAGUUUUUUCAUGUCCAUAACUUGCAUGUGGGAGAUUGAUUUCUGGUUUUGUAUCAAUACUAUUCCAGUUUCUUUCUCAGGAAAAAUCACCAGUUGUACUUGGAUGAAGUUCUGUCAGGGAAACUUUUUAUUCAUCUUAAAGUAUUUGGGUUUACUGAAGCCUCUAGACCAAGUAACCUAUAAACCAUUAUAUCCCUCUUAGUAGGAAUUUUCUAUUCUGUUAUGAAGUUGUGGCUGUCACUUUGCAUUAAAUACUGUUCCUCUUCUGUGGCCAUUUUCCACAGUUAAAUUUGUUCUCAUGUUCCUACUCUUUCUCAAGAGUUAUCCUUAUUUUUAGAUUAAGCACAUGAUGGUAGAUCAUGCCUGCUGCUGAAAUACCUUAUUUUGCCUCUGAAAUAACUUCUUCUGAAGGCCAAAAAGGAAAGAACAAUCAUUUUGUUAAGGGUGCAAGUUACCCAUGUGUUGUGGUUUUUUCAGACUACAAAAUAGAAAUCUUCUUUCUCGGUAAUUUAUUAACUUGGGUGUUAUGAGGACAGGCACCUCUGAAGGCCACAGAAGGCAUCCAUCCUAUUGAUUGUUUUUAAUUGAUUAAUUUGUUUAGGUAACUGUCUUAAGGCUCUCUUCUAAUUUACUUGGUGGCCAAAAGUGUUCAAAACAAGGGGAAAAAAGGUGCCAACAGCUUAGAAAGUAGUUUAUCACUCUCAGCCAAAUUCUGCAGUAGAGAAGCAUAUCCUGAUGUGGGUUUAUUGAGUAGUUUCAUUGUGUGUUUUUUUCAUCAUUUUAUAGAAUCCUAUUAUUUGUGUCGAGUGGGUUUUUUUCCUGCACAGAAGUUUCACAUUUUAUUAUUAAAAACUUAAUUGUGUUCACUGCAGAGAGUAAAGGCCCUUCUAGAAACAGCCAUGUAGAAAUAUUCACUGCCUAAAAAAAUGAUUGUUUAAUAAUUGAUUUUUUUUUAAGUAAAAGAAUAACUUUGGUUUGGACAGAUUUUUCUUUUCUCUUGCUUUGUUAAAUGUGUGAUGAUUAAAAUUUUGGUGCAUGCUGUAGGGUAUUUCUCAGUGUCACUUAGAAAUGUCUGGAUUUAUGACUAUAUAAAGCUUUAUAGACUGUUUCAUUCCAGUAUCCAAUUUAGAUGAUAAAGAAUGCAGUACAGUAUAUAAAUAACUUCAUGAAAAAACAGAGUUAAAUUUAAGUAGUGAAAGCAGUUUUUUAUCACCAUGGACAGAUUUUUAGAAGCCUUAUCAAAUGCUUGAAUUAAAUUCUUUUUUAUUGAUUUUCAUGAAAGACAUCCUGGGAGACACUGCUGUCCUGUGUUAGCAGUACUGAUAAAGAAGUUGGAAAGAAUUGUGAAGAGGUUACUAAUUUUGGAGGUCUUUUACUUUAAUUAUUACUUGUUCUACUAAGUCUAGCAGGCUUCAAGGCUGUGCUUAGUGGGGUAGAAUUUUAUCCAUGAUGUUUCAUCUCUGUCAGUGCAUCAAAGGAAUUUUGCUCAGAUGGAAACCCAGGAGCUGCUGCUUGGUGCAGCUGCCUGCCCUGAAGGAGAUCAGAGCAAUCAUUUUCCUGUGCUUUGGUCACCUCUGCAGGGCCCUGGCUGGGCUGACUCUGAAUGCAGAUGUCCCUCAAUUUACAAGUGAGAUUUUCACCCAGCAGGAGAACAAUAUCAGCUUUUGUGUGACUGGGGCCUCUCUGCUGGCUUUGUCUGCAUCUGUCUGUCCCAAGGCAGAGAUAGUUCUCUAGGCUGAUGUCUUUUGGCUGUUAAUUUUAAAAGUUUGUUACAAAUUUUCAUAGAGGGAAUCAUUGAGCUUUAUGACAAAAUAAACACAAAAUCUUCGCCACAAAUCAGGAAUCCUCCAAGUGAUGCUGUACAGAGAGCCAAAGAGGUAUUGGAAGAAAUUUCAUGUUACCCAGAGAACAAUGAUGCAAAGGAGCUAAAGCGUAUUUUAACACAACCUCAUUUCAUGGCCUUACUUCAAACUCAUGAUGUAGUGGCACAUGAAGUUUACAGUGACGAAGCGCUGAGGGUGACCCCUCCUCCCACCUCGCCCUACCUGAACGGGGAUUCCCCGGAGAGCGCCAACGGCGACAUGGACAUGGAGAACGUCACGCGCGUCCGCCUGGUGCAGUUCCAGAAGAACACAGAUGAGCCCAUGGGAAUCACUUUAAAAAUGAAUGAGCUGAACCACUGCAUUGUGGCAAGAAUUAUGCAUGGAGGAAUGAUUCACCGGCAAGGUACGCUACAUGUAGGAGAUGAAAUCAGAGAAAUAAACGGAAUCAGUGUGGCAAAUCAAACUGUAGAACAGCUACAAAAAAUGCUUAGGGAAAUGCGUGGAAGUAUUACCUUCAAGAUUGUGCCAAGUUAUCGCACGCAGUCUUCAUCCUGUGAGAGAGAUUCCCCCUCUACAUCCAGACAGUCCCCCGCUAAUGGUCAUAGCAGCACUAACAAUUCUGUUUCGGACUUGCCAUCGACAACACAACCAAAAGGACGACAGAUCUAUGUAAGAGCACAAUUUGAAUAUGAUCCAGCAAAGGAUGACCUCAUUCCUUGCAAAGAAGCUGGCAUCAGAUUCCGAGUUGGUGAUAUUAUCCAAAUCAUUAGCAAAGAUGAUCAUAACUGGUGGCAGGGUAAACUUGAGAACUCCAAAAAUGGUACUGCAGGUCUUAUUCCUUCUCCUGAACUUCAGGAAUGGCGAGUUGCUUGUAUUGCCAUGGAGAAGACCAAACAGGAGCAACAGGCCAGCUGUACUUGGUUUGGAAAGAAAAAAAAGCAGUACAAAGACAAAUAUUUGGCAAAGCACAAUGCAGUGUUUGAUCAAUUAGAUCUCGUCACAUAUGAAGAAGUAGUAAAGCUGCCAGCAUUCAAAAGGAAAACACUAGUCCUACUAGGUGCCCACGGUGUGGGAAGAAGACACAUAAAAAAUACGCUCAUCACAAAACACCCAGACAGAUUUGCUUACCCCAUUCCUCACACAACCAGACCUCCAAAGAAAGAUGAAGAAAAUGGCAAAAAUUACUACUUUGUAUCACAUGACCAAAUGAUGCAGGAUAUAUCAAACAAUGAAUAUUUGGAAUAUGGCAGCCAUGAGGAUGCAAUGUAUGGGACAAAACUGGAAACAAUACGAAAGAUCCAUGAGCAGGGACUAAUUGCAAUACUUGAUGUAGAACCUCAGGCAUUGAAGGUCCUGAGAACUGCAGAGUUUGCUCCUUUUGUUGUUUUUAUUGCUGCACCUACGAUUACCCCAGGCAUUAAUGAGGAUGAAUCCCUUCAGCGCCUGCAGAAGGAGUCCGAGAUCUUACAGAGAACAUAUGCACACUACUUUGACCUAACAAUUAUCAACAAUGAGAUUGAUGAAACCAUCAGGCACCUGGAGGAAGCCAUCGAGCUCGUGUGUACAGCCUCCCAGUGGGUCCCAGUCUCCUGGGUCUACUAGACCAGGAAUGAGAGAAUUGAGAAAGAAAAAAAAUCUGUCAUUACUGGGAACCACCUCAUACAUGGAAAACCUCUUCGUUAUUGACCUUGUGUCAACAGGUCUUGGCCCCUAGAGACUACCUAGAUGUAGUGUGACCUAAAAUAUAAUUAUUGUCAUGUCCGAAUAGAUAGGAGGAGGGGGAAAAAAGAUGAAACACUAAUUUAAAGAGACAGUAUCUUUUUUUUAAUAAUUUCUCCUAAACUUUAAUAAAAUGUAUCUUUAAAU